CGGCCGGGCAGGGCAGCGUCCUGUCCCCUCGACGCCUCUCGCCUUUGUGUGUCUCCUCGAUCUUCACCGCUCGGUGCCCGUCCCUUCCCUCCUCCCUCUCCUCCUCCUCCUUCCCUCGCCUUCUCCCCCGGAGCCGCCGCCUUGGCGAGGGGGCUCCCCCCCUCUUUCACCUCGGGGGGCAGCGUAGGGGAGGCCGUGGCAAUAAUUGCCCUGGUAAAGCCGUCAAGGCUCUGUCACACCCCCAGAGUGUGAUGUUCAGGGUCAGAAAUGCCUUAUGUGGAUCGUCAGAAUCGCAUUUGUGGUUUCCUAGAUAUUGAAGAAAAUGAGAAUAGUGGGAAAUUUUUGCGGCGGUACUUCAUUCUGGACACACGAGAAGACAGUCUGGUGUGGUACAUGGAUAACCCACAGAAUCUUCCCUCUGGAUCUCCACCUGUUGGAGUCAUUAAACUUACCUAUAUUUCAAAGGUUAGCGAUGCAACCAAGCUAAGGCCAAAGGCAGAAUUCUGUUUUGUUAUGAAUGCAGGGAUGAGAAAAUACUUUCUUCAAGCCAAUGAUCAGCAGGACCUAGUUGAAUGGGUAAAUGUUCUGAACAAAGCUACCAAAAUCACAGUACCAAAGCAGUCUGAUCCUCUGUGUCAAAUGGAUAAUGCAAAUCGUCAAGCUGAAAGCCCAGGUGGGAAGAAGCAAGUGUCUUACAGGACAGAAAUUGUUGGUGGUGUUCCUAUCAUCACACCUACCCAGAAAGAAGAAAUCAGUGAGUGCAGUGAAGGGGGUGAUAGGAAUUAUUUGAAACGGUCACAAAGUCACCUUCCAUAUUUUAGUGCUAAGCAUCCCCCAGAUAAUGCUAUUAUCAAAGCUGGCUACUGUGUAAAACAAGGAGCAGUGAUGAAGAACUGGAAGAGAAGAUACUUUCAGUUAGAUGAAAACACAAUAGGAUAUUUCAAGUCUGAACUGGAAAAGGAACCUCUCAGGGUUAUACCACUUAAGGAGGUCCAUAAAGUUCAGGAAUGCAAGCAAAGUGAUAUAAUGAUGAGAGACAAUCUCUUUGAAAUUGUAACAACUUCUCGAACCUUUUAUGUACAGGCGGACAGCCCAGAAGACAUGCACAGUUGGAUAAAAGCAAUUUCUGGGGCCAUUGUAGCACAGAGGGGACCUGGAAGAUCAGCAGCUUCCAUGCGGCAGGCCAGAAGGCUGUCGAAUCCUUGUAUACAGAGGUAUACAUCAAGAACUGGUGAAUGCAGCACGUUUGCACUGUUUUUUCUUACUUUUAAAAAUAAUUGGAAAUUAAAAAUGGCAAAAACAUUUUAUACUUCAGAGAGUACUAUAUAUUUAAACGAGCAUACCGAGCCUCCUGCAGAACCCAACCAUGCUCCCCGUCCUGCCGGCCCAGCCCCAGCCACCCCACAUUCCGCAGCCUCUCUCGGCAGCCCUCUGGUCCCCAACCCUCCCACCAAACACCCUGCCUUGGAGAAGCGAGGAUUUCACGAGUCUUUUACCAAGGCCAAGCCAGGGAGCUACAAGAUCCAGGUUGUCGCUCCAAGAGAAUCAGCUUCCAAAGUGACUGAACAGGGCCUCUGGGAACCCCAAAGUAAAAAUGGCACUCAGGAACAGGAUCCUGGCCUUGUGGAUCUGGAUGAUGCAAGCCUUCCAGUUAGUGACGUGUAGGGAUGGAAGCGUUUGGAGAACGAUCCAUUUUGUUCGGUCCUCUUAAUUUCCUUGCUCGGACUUUUAACCAAAGAAAAUGAUAGGAAAGGAGAACAAAAAAAACCGGAACACUGAUUUUUUAUAUAUAUAUGUACAUGUGUGUUUCUGGGCACACGUGUGUAUAUAUAAGUGUUUAUAUAUUGCCUUGCCAGCUGAAGGUCAGAAACGGACCUUAAUGCGUUUUCUCAAAGCCUGAUAGUAAAUCACUUACUAGGGAGGGGCCAAACUGCACAAUUUAGGAGAAAAACAACAAAAAAAAAAAACCCAAAAGACAAAAGCAAAAAAAAGUACUUCUGCAACUAAGCAAGGUACCAGCAGCUUCUCAUUCCUAAUCUGGCCAAUUUACUAAAUUUACAACUAAUGCUCUAUUGUGGAGAACUUAUUGCCAACAAAUGUGAUUCUUUAGUUUCAUUUUGAACUACAGUAAGAUUUUAGGCGUGGAUGAGAAUUGGUUCUCUCCAUGAUUCUCAGAUACCAGGAAAUGCACAAAAUGUUUUUUUCUGUUCUCUAGUAUCAACAGUGUCAACUGAUUUGUUACCAGAACAAGAAUUCUGAACUCCCUUGGAAUUCUAAUUAUGGUGCUGUAAAAAUUCCACUAAAAUAAUAUUUUGAAUAGUCAGCCUAUUUUUAAUGCACUCCUAAAGGUGGGUUGUAACUUUUUGCACAUUUGGAUUUUAAUGGAAUGCAUGUAACGAAUGGUGUUUUGGAGGGGGGGAGAAGAGAAAUUGGACUUUGGAAUUUGGACACUUUAGAUCUUUUGAACUAAGUCGGGUUUAUAUUGUGUUACAUUAGGCUUUGCAGCAAUUAUUUUUCGUAAAUGUCUAACCGUAUCGUUCGAUAACUGUUUGGAGAAUGGUUUUCUUAUCAGUGCUUUGUGAACAGUUCUUGUUUCUAGAUUGAUCAGUGGAAGACCUCGUUUAGUUUUGUCAUUAUUGGUACUGAACUGUUCAUAGUCAUGCAAUUGUGGCCUAUAACUUUUGGUGCACUAAGGAUCUUAAGUGCCUGUGUUUUUCCUCACGUUGUUGAAACACUUGGAUUCGUGAUGUACACAGACCGCUCCUAAGGGGUUUGGAUGUUGGCUUGGAGUUGCUCUGAAUGGCAUGGUUGGAAACAGCUUUUUAAAACAGAAAACUUGUGCUAGGGAUACCAGUGUUCUGGUAUUGCACCUACUAGCUGUGCAAUAUAUGGGUUUCUUUAAAAAAAAUGAGUAUUUGUUGUUUGUGUACACUGUGUUACGGGGCUUCAGUGAUGCAAGUGAAAAAGAACCUUUACAUUUCAAGUAUUGGAUUAGAUUGAGUGUCUACUUUUCAUCAUUUUUGAAAAAUGUUUGCUUUAAUCAAAACCCCACAAAUAUCUCAUGCUGCUGCUUAUUGUGAUUCAGAUUGUCCACCUUUGUGCUAUUUUUUUUUUUGUCUACUGGAACCUAAGAUACAUAUCAUACAAGUCCAUCUUCUCUCCAACUUCCAAACGGACUUCCUGCUUGAGAGAUAUGGAUGGCUUUACCACAAUAAUUUGUUGAUCCACAGAUAGAAUAAUUGGUGUCAUAUAAGAAUGAACUAUAGUCUAAUUUCAAAACCUUAAAUUAUAUCAGCACCUUCUUUUUUUUUUUCUUUAUCCAUAAGCUAACUAAUCACUGUCUGGAGGCAGUGGUGUUUGUAAAUUACUGGUUUUAUUUGACUCAUUAGGUAUAUGUGAAACUAGCACAGAAUUGGAAGUUACUGUAAAUGUCUGAACUAGUAUUGUUAGGUUUUAACUUCUAUAAAGAUAUAAAACAAUAGCUCUUUAAAAGCUUAUUUUUUCACAAGUACAUUCUGUGUGGAAGACACUUUGCAUUGAAAUAUUUUUACUGUAGUGUAAUAUCUGAAAUCACUUCUCUGGUACAGCUUUCACACUGCAUGUUCAUUUUACUAUCUUUUGGUAUUGGCAAUUUUACACAUUGGGUGGAGGUAAAGCAGCUCCGUUAUGGGACUUACAAAAAGAGGAAAAAAAAAAAAAGAAAGAAAAAAGAAAAGAACUACUGUUGUAGUUCAGUAGCAUAGGGAAAUAUUUGUGGUUGGUAAUUGUCAGGGUCUCCUAUUUAUCAGUACUUUUAUAAAUCUAUGAAAAUUGUUAAAUUAUUUUAGGAACAGUGCUGUAAAUAUGUCACAUUUAAAUUGUCAAUAAAUCAGUUUGGGUAACUUAAA